AUGACACCUACGGUCUGCGCCGACUACUGCCGUGGCCAACCUUCCAGCUACACGCACUACGCGACACAGUACGGUCGAGAAUGCUGGUGCCAGGACGAAAGCGUCGACCUCAGAAGGCACGGCGCCGCCACGUGCGACUACCAGUGCUCCGGAGAUGAUUCGAUUGUGUGCGGCGGGUUCGACUCGUUUUCCUUGUACGAUCUGGAGGAAGGGGAGCUUCCGAGCCCUCCUACGGACGAUAACUACGUGGGGUGCUUUGCCGACGACCAGAACGACCGCGUCCUGGGAGCGAAAUCGUCUUCCAACGAAAUGACCUCCGAGGCGUGCGCCUCCUACUGUGCCGACGAGUCACCCGGUAACACGUACUACGCCACGCAGUGGGGCCACGAGUGUUGGUGCGCCGCCGAAGUCCACCUCAGGCACGGCGACGGAACCUGCGACAUGGCGUGCACGGGGGAUGCUGGCACCACCUGCGGUGGUUUUGAUGCGUUCGACCUGUUCGAGCUAGGGCCACUUUCCCCCUCGGAGGACCAUUACUUCGGAUGCUUUGCCGAUGACAAGAGCGACCGCGUGCUAGGGGACAAGAUGUCAUCCGGCGACAUGUCGCUGCAGUUGUGCGAGGACUACUGCACGGCGAUGGACAAGCCUUUCUUCGCCCUUCAGUGGGGACGAGAGUGUUGGUGUGGCGGCUGCGACCUGUUGGAUGAGGGACACCGGUUUGACAGGCACGGUACCGCCUCUUGCACAGAUCACCCGUGCACGGGCGAGGCUUCUCGCGAUUGCGGCGCGUACGACGCGUUUUCGCUGUACUAUCGCGGAACCUGCGAAGAGGGUCCGACGAUUGAACCGUCGUUUGCGCCUACCGGCUCUCCGACUUCGUACCCAACUCUGGACCCUACAAUCACCGUCAUGCCCACCAGCACGCCGACCAGCGCUCCUACCGCUGCGUUUUAUCUUGCUGUUGCUCUGGGUGGGAAUGACGCCCAUGAAGAGGCCGUCCAGAAACAGCGAGAUUGGGAAGAAACCUGCCAAGCCACACCCGCACCCUCUCCCACGCCCGAACCGAAACGCGGUGGAUCCGCAGACGGAGAUCCGCACUUGCGGGUCUACGACGGCACCGGGUACGACUGCCACGGGCAGGGCGAGUUUGUGUUGACCAAGGCUGCCGCCACGGAGAGCGAAGUCCAGGCCCGUUUCCAGCAGUGGAGCCAAAACCCGAACCCAGCGGUCACGGUCACCACCGGCAUCGCAGCGCGCGAGGGAACCUCUUCUUUGAUCCAGGUGACGACGGCUGCCUCCGGCGGUGUCGAGGUCUUGGUGGAUGGAGAGCUGUACGACGCGAGUGCUACUUCUGUCAUCGGAGUUGCGCUGGAGGUCACGUCGUCUCGGGUGGAGAUUAGCUUUGAGUCGGGACUAGACGUGUUCGUGUCAACCAGCAUCAACGGAAUGCUGAGGGUCAACGCGUAUGCGCCCGUCAGCCUCGCCACUACGGGUCUCCUCGGCAACAACAACGGAGAGCUGGGCGACGACUUUACGACCGUGGACGGAGAGACUGUCGGCUUCGCGACUGCCUCACCGACAGUGGAAGAAGGCACGAACUACUGCACCACGAACUGGUGCACCACGGCAGACGCGUCUCUCUUCACCUACGCGGAGGGGGAGGACCACGGCACGUUCGACUUGUGCGACGCGGUCUACGCGGCGCCCGUGUUGCCCGAUGCCAUCCCGGCGUCAAUCACGGAGCUGUGCGGCGACAACGCCGACUGCAUCAUAGACGCCCUUCUUGCUGGCGAGGAGGUGGGUCAGGCGACGCUCGAAGGACAAGCGGAGGAUCGAGCCUACCAGGAAGAAGUCGCGGGUUUGUGCGCGAGCAACUCUUUCAGCAGCACCGGCGCGCCGCCCUGCACGACUUGCCCCGACGGAGAAGUUUCCGGCACCGGGGCGACCGCGUGCAUCCGUCAAGAGCUCGUGGGUCUGAGUCUCCCCGAGAACAUCGCCGCUGCCAUGGCAGCUGACGCCACGGGCGGCUUUGCCGGCCCGGGGAUCCCUCACCACGACACCGGCGGGAACGAUCCAGCUCACCGAGGAGGACGGCGGCUCCGUGUCGCUGUCCGGCACUUUCGUUCGCGACGACGGCGCGGCGCUGCCGAGCUCGACUUCCGUCUUCAUCUACACCGAGAACACGGCACAGCCGGACGACUUCGUCCGCGGCCAGGAGGCACUGGAUCCCUCGACGGGGGCGUUCUCGACGGUGGUGACCGACAUCCCAGCGGGCAGCACCAGGUUGCUCCUCAGCUUCGUCGUCGUGGAUCCCGCGGAGGCACUUGAUACCGCGGGAGCCGACACGGCGUUCGCGCUCGACGUCUCCAACUCUGCCUGUGUGCCGUCGCUGACGAUCACCCUGGAGUGGACCGGCGAGACAUCUGACGUAGAUCUCUAUGUGGUCGAGCCCGGCGGAGAGGUCGUCUACUUCAGCAACCGGUUUGGGGACGUCGGGUUCCUCGACAACGACGAUGUGUACGGGUUCGGGCCCGAGAACUACAUCAUCGACAGCGGACUCGAUCCCGCCGCCAGCCAGGUGCUCGGCGAGUACGAGACGUACGUCAAACUCUUCUCAGGCGACGCGGCCACGGAAACUUGGCGCCUGACUGCCCGCGUUUCCGGAGAAGUGGCGUGGAUCGAGGAGGGCGAUUUCAUCUCCUCCACCCAGUCUGAUACUUUUGCCGUCUCUCUGAGUGACUACGAUCCCACUUGCGGAGGUGUCCCGUGAGUUGCCAACUCACCGUCCCAUUUCACCGCCGGCUGUUGCAGAGGAGCAAUGGCAGCAGUUUGAGAAUUCCGCCAGGUGUUGCCUGAAUUCGGCGCGAGGAAGCCCCUCCACGGAGCAGAGAGCGAGCGAGCGAGAGAGAGGACCGUUUGUGGUGAUUGGCGAAGAGUGUCCAUGUGCCUUCCAGGUUGCAGCAUGCUGAUUUUCUUACGAAUCCGCUGCACCAUUCUUCUUGCGCAGGCAGCGAUGAACCUCUAGCUAGCGGUUUCAUGUACCUUUGUGUGUACCUUCUAAUUAAGUGUUCUGAUUGUGACGUUUCUGAUGUUGAAAUUUGAGAUGCAACGUGUGGUGCCAUCUAAGGAUGAAGAUCACGUGAGGCUCAGACUUGGAGAUGCCUGAGGUAACUGCUUCGGCUAUCGUGGCAACGUAUUGUGCGUGUAAUCUACGUAGUCAUGGUUUUUUAUUGCAGCGGUACAGCGUACAAGCAUCAUGGGGGGGGGGGGGGAUGAUGUACCAUGCUCCUUGCACACAGCAGUACAGAUUUCCGUGCUUUCCGUUGGCUUUGCGUCCGCUUUGCCUAUGCGUGAGGGAGCAGGCAGGGGGCGAAGGUUGAAAGCCGUGUGUUUUGAGUUUUUUGGUAGUCUUGAGAUGGGCAUUUGAUUGUUUGAUAUAGUUGCUCAACGUUUCACGUUAGCCUUCCUUAUACCAGUAGUAGGUAGCUCCACCGCUGCACAUACAGAGAGUACCCGUGAGUGCUCGGAGCAUACGUAUCAAGAGUCACGUACACCACCAUUCACCAGACUGUCACGUUUAAUUGUCCUCAAUUUGGGUCAGGUGUUAAGAGGGUUUGGGUUGGGGGUUGGACGGCUAAGGUUGGGGGUAGGGUUUGGGCCCGAGGACAACAUAUUAAUGGCCCUAGCCCAGACUUCGGGGUUCGCAUCGAGCCUAGC